UGAUUUUGCAGAACUAACACUUUACACCCCUUAUAAAAUAUAAAAGCUAUAUCACUUCUUUACCACUAAAAGAUAUUAACUUGAAGCCAAGAUGCCGGAGCUCAUCGAGCAGAUGUACUGUUCCCAGCAGAUCGUUAUUCCACCAAAGUUUCCGUAUAUUCUCAAGAAGUAUUGCAAAGCGGCAAUAAAAACUCAACCAUACGACCUUCUCCGCUGGUCCUAUGAGUACUUUACAGCGCUUGCGCAGAACCGCCCACCCCCUGUGAAGUUGCGACUGGAGUACCCCAUUUACAGCACAGAGGGCGGCCUCACCAGAGGAUGCUUGAAGGUUUUGGCUAAUCAGCUAGCUGGUAUAUCAGACGUACCUUUAUCAGUCGUGCGUAAAGCCUGGGACGGUUUCUGCCUCGAUCCUAAUGAACUGAGGCGGAUUUUCUGUCUGUGUGAAGUGUAUCUAAGAGAAAAUUCGGUUCCAUUCUUGCAUUUCAUAGCUGUCGCUGGAGGCUUGCUGACAAAGACACUCACACAUACCAUGAUCCUGCUCUGCGAGUCUCUGACCAAGGAACCUGAUGGUGGAUCAGCGGCUAUACCAGUUCAGGAUUUCCUGGUUAUGUACAAAUUCCUGGCACACAUGGACGCUUCCAAGGACGUGAAGUAUUUCAAUGGAUACCGGGAAGGUGAAGCACCGAAACCUGAAACUCCCGUUGAAGAAGAGGAGCAGCCACAGCAGGCUGAAGAGCAGUCAGAUAGUGCUUCAUUAGAAGACUAUUGGCAAGAUUGUAAGAAUCUUCAGAAGUUGAAUCUUAUAAACGACCACGUGCCCCAAUCAGCGAGGCUGAGCGGUAAAUUGAACAUGCCACUCAUUGGGAAAAUCAAACGUUCACCCUCCGUCGAGAGAGCGAGACAGAUAGAGAUGGAGAACUACUUGAGAGAGAGAAGAGGAAGGGCUGUACCAAGCGAAACGGUUGAAAAAAAACUACGUGAAAUGAGCAGUGCUCGGAUCAACGCAGAGGAUGCAUCAGACAAUACACCCACAUCUAAAGAGGAGAAAGUUGAGAAGAAGAGAGAGGGAAUUGUUAUUAUUGUCACGGAUGAAAACGAUACAGAAAUACCAUUGGAGAUAUAUGGCGAACCGAAGCAUAUAAUAAUAGGGGAUGAAAUAAUUGAAGGAACGGAUAUAUUAGGUCCUGAAGAAUUUAAAGAAGAAAGUAAAGAGAUCGAUGAAAAAGCGAAAAUAAAAGAGUUUGUUGAUGAAUGUUUUGAAGAACGUGCAAGACGACGUGAAGAUUUGGAGCGGACAUUUGAUGAAAUAGCCGAUAUUGUGGAUAGAUUCAAAUCGGCUAAUUACGAUCUUGGUAUGAUAGCUGGCAGGCAGAUGUCGACGACGAGCGGCGAGUUUGUAGUGGCUCAUAUUGAAAAGGAUAUUAUGGAUUAUAUAAAUGAUCAAAUUGCAAUAUUGCCUGAUCCGGCUUUAAAGAGAAAGAAGGCUAAGCCCGAGGAAGUGGUCAUGGUCAGGGAAAUACUGGACAAUUAUCUUGAUGAAAAUAUGGAUGUGAUCAUACCAGAGUUGGAAGAUGUCGAGGAAGAGGAACAGUCGAUACCGGAAAUAACCGUAGUAUACGCGGUACCAGGCAUCGGGCCUCCGGUCGAAGAAGAUUUAAUACAAGAAUUCGAAGAAUACGCUUUAGACAUAUGCAAGUUACAAGCUGACGUUAUUAUGCCAAGGAAUAUUCGACAUUUUCUAUGUCCACCUUUGGAAAAGUAUGACGAGCCCAAGUACGAAGAGGAACAGCCCAAAAGAGAAGAAGUGGCAAUGGGGGGAGUUAUCACAGAAUAAAUAUGACACUAAAAAAGCUAUUGAUCUUGGGAUAUUAGGGUCUUAACGAUGAAGUUUUUAGAUUCAAUCCUGAUUGUCUAUCAUAUAUUCUAUCAACACACAACACUUUUUUGGAGCGAAAUCUGGGGGUAUAUAUGGUUAACAUGUUCUUAGAAGAAAAUGGUUAAUUAUUGAUCAUGAAAGAUUUUAAAACGCUUUUAACUUUAUAAUA